AUGAUAACUGAUAAGGAUCUUCGGAUGGUGGAAGCUUCCCCAAUUGCUGUGAAAUUGUUAUGGCAAAUUCAUUCCCUGCACGACUCAGAUGAAAUUAAAAUCUUUUUAAAAUUUAUUUUUGUAAACAUCGUCAAGUUGACGAUGACCUUCAAGUUUUUCACACAUUGUUGUCACUUUGUUCAUUUGUUGUCUUAUUUUGCGUCAGCUUUGUUGGUCACAUUUGACUUGUUUAUUCAUGUGAAAUUUUAUGCAUUUUAUGUCAUUUUAAAAGCCGAGCUCGGCAUCAGUCACGAGGCUAAGAGACAACCAGUCAGAGUUAAAAAUAAAAAUAAUUCACUUUGA